AUGCAAAAUAUUACUAUCAACGCACCAAGAAAGAGAAUUUAUCACAAUAUCCUUGAAACCAUUGGAGGUACUCCUUUAGUUGAAUUACAUGGAGUAACAGAUCACCCUUCUAUUAAUAAAAAUACAAAAGUUCUUGUUAAGUUAGAAUGUUUUAAUCCAAUGUCAUCAGUUAAAGAUCGUGUUGGAUUUAAUAUUAUUUAUCAAGCCAUUAAAGAUGGAAGAUUAAAACCAGGAAUGGAAAUUAUUGAAGCUACUUCUGGAAAUACAGGAAUUGGACUAUGUCAAGCUGGCGCUGUUUUUGGAUAUCCAGUGAAUAUUGUCAUGCCAUCAACAAUGUCAGUUGAAAGACAAAUGAUUAUGAAAGCAUUUGGAGCUAAUUUAGUUCUUUCAGAUGGAACAAAAGGAAUGCCAGGAGCUAUUGCAAAAUAUGAAGAACUUAUCAAACAACACCCAAAUAAAUAUUUUCCAGCUAAUCAAUUUGGUAAUCCUGAUAAUACUGCAGCUCAUGUUUAUACAGCAAAUGAAAUUUGGGAAGAUACAAAUGGAGAAGUUGAUAUUAUUGUUUCUGCUGUUGGUACUGCAGGAACUGUUAUAGGAGUUGGUGAGAAUUUGAAGAAGAAGAAAAAAGGAGUUAAGGUUGUUGCUGUAGAACCAGAAGAAUCAGCAGUUUUAUCAGGAAAACCUAAAGGACCACAUGGAAUUCAAGGAAUUGGAGCAGGAUUUGUUACAGAUAUUUAUAAGAAAGAAGUUGUUGAUGAAAUAACACCAAUUAAAACACAAGAUGCAUGGAAAAUGGCAAGAGCAGUAGUCAAAUAUGAUGGAAUUAUGUGUGGAAUGUCAAGUGGUGCAGCAAUUUUAGCAGGAUUAAAAGAAGCAGGAAAAGCAGAAAAUGAAGGAAAAACAAUCGUUAUAAUCUUACCAGAUUGUGGUGAACGAUAUUUAUCAACAGACUUAUAUAAAACAGUUGAAGAAGGAACAAAACAACAAGUAUUAGACUCAUUAUUACUUUAA